AUGGAUCGGCAGCUAACGGAACAAGAGAUACGAACCAUAUUCGACCACAUGGACUCAAAUCACAACGGAUACGUAACUGCGAAGGAACUCCGAGCCUACUUAAAAGCACAUGAUGCCAAAGUUACGAAUAAAGAAAUAAAAGCAUAUAUCUCAAGGCUCGAUGAAAGUGGUGAUGGUCAAAUAAUUCAGGCUACAGAACUAUGA